UAUAGAUUUAUUCCUGGAAAUAAAGUGUAAGUCAGAGAUCAGAAAAAGAAGCCUGACAACUUGCCUACUCAGGGAACCAUGGCACGCAACACCUCCAAGAGCCGAGCUGAAAAGGGUCGUGGCUCCUCGGCACAGCCUCCCACUAAAACUGAGGAUUUGGAGGACAGUGUGGAGCAGGAAUGUCUUACCAAGUUUGAGUUGCUGAGGAUGAUUGCUCAGGAAGAAGGAGAGGAAAUUGUGUCAGAUAUACUGGAGGAACUCAUGACCCAUGUGAUGGAGAAGUGUUAUGAAGUAUAUCUUAAGAAACAGAUAAUACCAUUCACUGUGGCCUGGGUAAACGAUACCAUACUCCAACUGACAAAGUGGCAGUACCUUAUGCGUGAUGAAGGCGAUGAUGUAGACACAGCCUCACUCUUACAGGAAGACACAAUGCCUGCACAUUCAAUUCCAGAUUCCUGGGCUGACGGCUGUGUGCCUGUUAUGAAAAUAUCAAAUGAUUUACAGAGGAUUAAGUUUGAUGCACAGAAACCUGACAUUAAAGAGUCACCAAAAAUACAGGAAGCCCAGCCAAUAAACAAAUCAGAAACUCCCCCGAGGAAACCAAGACGAAACAGCAGGGCCAUGAAAGCAAUCCCUGCAUCUCAUGCAAAGAUGGAACUGGAAAGAAAACCACAUCCACCUCAGACACCAUCAUUAAACAAAAACAAACUGAAACCUCCAGAAAUACAGAAUAUAUUGCGGUAUUAGGACUUAUUGGUUGAAGACGACCUGGAGUUUUUCCACCACAAGUCCACAACAUGCCUCAGCACAUCCUGUCCUAAGAAAGAAUGACACCGGAAAUCAACUUUUGUCUCUGAGAGGGCUUGGAAAUAAAUGCUGGUUCAAGAGAUUCUUAUUUGCAAUAAAGAGACGCUUCAGGUCAGAGGCCCCAUGAGGGACAGUUCAUCUGUUCACUGUUUACUUAUAAACUGUUAGUUUUUUUAGUUCACAAAUUUUUAGCAAGUG